GUGGUUUAAGGAAAACCGCUAACCGCUACCUCAAAACCGCUAUACCAAUCGGGGGGCUAAACUUGGUCGAAUUUAUUUUCCAUUUCCAUAUAUUAAUCUUCUCAUUUUCAGUUCUUCACAUUCACAACAAUUUUCCCGGCAACCAAACAGGGCUCACAAUUGUAGGAACCCAGAACUUCUAUUUUCUCGGGCAGGAAAAUUACGUUGACAACAGUUUACUAAUUUUCGGGUUCACUGAAUCUGGAUGGAAUUCCAGCUCUUCUUUCCCCUACCCGUUUCUUUCUUCCAUGAAUAUAAUAUUUGAUCACCGGCGCAACCACCAGCACCGUCAAGAUUGCACGGCAGGCGAAAAGGUUUAAUUUUCCUGCACUUCAGAAAAGUUGAUCUUACAUGGGUUCGCGGGCUGAUGAUGAUGAGGUUGAAACAAAGGAGCUGGACAUAAGAAGCAUGUCAUCCUCUAGGCGACAGACACAUAAUAUGCAGUACGUCCACAAGGUGAGAGUUCCUCCCAAGCAGAACCUCUUCAAGGAAUUUGCAACCACUGUCAAAGAAACAUUCUUUGCAGAUGAUCCUCUACGCCCCUUCAAGGAUCAACCAAACUUCCGGAAGUUCAUCUUAGGCAUCCAGGCCAUCUUUCCCAUUCUUGAAUGGGGAAGAAGUUACAACCUUACCAAGUUCAAAGGUGAUAUCAUCGCUGGACUGACCAUUGCAAGUCUCUGCAUUCCUCAGGAUAUUGGUUAUGCAAAGCUAGCACAUUUGGAUCCACAAUAUGGACUUUACUCCAGCUUUGUUCCUCCAUUGAUUUAUGCCUUUAUGGGUAGUUCAAGAGAUAUAGCCAUAGGACCGGUUGCUGUCGUAUCACUCUUACUAGGAACUCUGCUUCAAAAUGAGAUUGAUCCCACGAAAAAUGCACCUGAAUAUCGGCGCCUUGCAUUUACCGCUACAUUUUUUGCUGGGAUCACCCAAGCAACCCUGGGAAUUCUUAGGUUGGGUUUCUUGAUUGACUUUCUGUCCCAUGCUGCCGUGAUUGGUUUCAUGGGUGGAGCUGCCAUUACAAUCGGCCUCCAACAACUUAAGGGUUUUUUUGGAAUCAACAAAUUUACUACGAAAACAGAUAUCAUUUCUGUAAUGCGCUCUGUAUGGGGCACAGUCCAUCAUGGAUGGAACUGGCAAACUAUAGUAAUUGGGGUCAGCUUUCUAUGUUUCCUUCUGUUUGCUAAGUACAUUCUUAUUCUGGCAAAUCCAGGGCCAGUGGUGAUAGACAAGCUGCAUCUGUCAAAUUUUGCAAAUUCCAUUGGGGAGGACAAGAUCUUCUUGACUGUUGCAGAGGCGGUCUCAUCGUGUUAUCCAAAACCGGUAGAUGAAGUAUGAGAAAUGAGCAAUGUGUUGUAAUGGGGGGGAGGGUUUGCUUAAUGGUUUUAAGUGCAGCGUUAAUCAUAAAGGUGGACCAGGUGGUCCAGUUCAAUUGCUGGGAUGAUGAUAAUUAAUUAUAAAACAGGAAGAAAGACAAACUAAGAAAGUGCAGGAUGAGGUAGCAGAUAAGAUUAGGUGUAACUUACGAAAAUGUCCAUGGAAUUAGAAUCCAAGUGGAUGUGGAAGGUAAUGCAGUGUGCAAAACUAGGGAUUCCUGAGAUUACAGAGUAACUCUACUUUUACAGAGGCGAAAAAGGGGAAAGGACACUAUCAUCUCCUCCUAAUGUUAUAUUGUUAUUUGUAUGAACAUGGACGACGAAGGCUAGAUUAAUAAAGAUCCUACAUGUGU